AUGACAAUCAUUUUCGCAAAAAAAAAAUUUCCAUUAUUUAAGACAACGUCGUUUGUAAAACGUUAUAUUAAUCAUUUUACAGAAUCCAAUGUAAAAUCAGUUAUCGAAAGAAUUUCAGGAGAUAUAAAGGAUGUUGAAUUACGUUCAGCCGUGCAAAAUUUUAAAUUUCCUAUUAAAUCCAUUAUUAAUAAAACUGCGGGAGAUGUAAAAAAUGAUGAAAAAAGUUCAAUCAUACAAAAUAUUGACCAAAAUGUUGACAAAAAUAUUAAAGUCACAGAAUCUGCUAUAAAAUCUGUUAUCAUAAAAACCGCGGGAGAUGUAAGAAAUGAUGAAUUACGUUCAACCAUACAAAAUAUUGAAUUCAAAAAAUUGGGACCUAUGAAACCUUUAAUAAUGUAUGAAUUACAAAAUGCUCAUGAUUCAAAGAUUGUAACGAAUACAAAACCUAGAAAACUUAAAAGAUGGACAAAAGAAGAAGAAGAAUUUUUAGCAGAUUCUUUAGAGAAAUAUGGUAAAAGUUAUUUUGCAAUUUUUGAAACAUAUUUAAAACAAUUUAAAGAUGAAUCGAUAACAGUGGAAAAAAUAAAAGCCAAAAUUAGAAAAAUUGAAAAAGAUAAAGCGUUACCUAAUAAUAAAUAUAAUACCUGGACACCUGAAGAAGAUGAAUUGUUAAAAAAGGCAGUAGAAAAAUAUGGAGUUGGAAAUUGGCGACCAAUGGUUGAAUUUUUGCCUAAUAAAAAUUUCAUGCAAUUUACAGUGAGAUGGGAUGUUUUAACUAAGACCAGAGAAAAGGUUCCCUGGACACCAGAAGAAGAUAAUUUAUUAAGAGAAUUAAAUAAAACUUUAGGAAAAAAUCAUAUUUUAAUGUCAGAAAUCUUAAAAAGACCUUUAGGACAAAUUAAGGAUCAUUUUGAUAGACGAGAAUGGACAAUAGAAGAAACAGAAAAAUUAAAAGAAUGCCUUCAGAAAUAUGGAAAAGAUUGGGAAAAGAUAAAAGAACAAUUUCCUGAUAAACAAAUGAGACAAAUUAAAAAAUUAGUUAGAACAAAAACUAGUAUGGAUCCUACAUUGAAAAAGAAAAGAUGGAAUAAAAAUGAAGAAACAUUAUUAAAAGAAGGACUAAAAAAAUUUGGAGUAGGUUAA